UAGCUGGCUCCGCCUCCGCCGAUUGCACUGAUCCUCAUCGCCUUGAUCAGAUGCUACAGGUCCUGCUCGUUCCUGGGAUUUUGUGUUCACGGUUGUUGCGAUCGGAUGUGAUGGAUUUCAGGACCAGAAUGGGUCAUCCACCCCAUUCCGUACAUGAUACUCUGUACAACACCGUGAUGCAAGGACAAAGCAAAGAAUUACACACUAUCUCAGGCUUCUCAGUUGUGCUUAGCUCUUUCAAAAGUGGCUGACAAAGGCGAAACAUCUAUCACUUCACAAUGGCAGCAAACAAGAGUGAAGAUGGUGGCAGUGGACUUCACAGUGACCUGGUCAACCUCAUUUCACCCUUAAAUCAUUUCUUCUUCAAAUCACUUCUUGAAUUUCUGUAAACUCUCCUUUCAUUCUUACCCAAAAUUCUCUCAAUCUCUGUACUCUUGCCGCAAAUAUGGGCGACGCAAGCGAGAUCAAACAGCCGCAGGUUGAACUCCAGACUUCCGAGCACGAGGAACUCCUCAAUCUCAUUGAUACUUUGCGAUCUCACGGCAUCAGUCAGUACAUUGACCUCCCUCAGCUGAUUGUGUGCGGUGAUCAGAGCUCUGGAAAGUCGAGCGUGCUUGAAGCUAUCUCUGGACUGCGCUUUCCCACAAAGGACAACCUAUGCACCAGAUUCGCCACGGAACUGAUCCUCAGACGGGGCCCUUCCACCAAGGUCACCAUCACAAUCCAUCCAGAUGAUGAACGUUCAGAGCAAGAAUCAGAGAAACUGUCACAAUUCGAGUCCCCGUCCGAUUCCCUCGAUGACUUCGCAGACAUUGUUAAAUCGGCCGAGCGGGCCAUGGGCUUGGACAAUUCCGCCAAAGUCUUUUCGAAAGAUGUUCUCAGAGUCGAGCUAUGUGGCGCAAAUCAGCCUAAUCUGACUCUUGUUGACCUUCCGGGCAUCUUCUGGGCUGGAGAUAAAUCACAAUCCGAUGAUGACGCUCAACUUGUACAGUCUAUGGUCAAGUCAUACAUGGAAAAGAGCAGGAGCAUUAUACUGGCGGUCAUUUCGGCCAAGAGUGACCUUGCGAUGCAGGUCAUCACCAAGUUGGCAAGAGAAAUCGACCCGGCCGGCCUGCGGACCCUUGGCAUCAUCACCAAACCCGAUCUACUCCAUGAAGGCUCGGACAGCGAGGCAAACUUUGUGAAACUGGCCAAAAAUGAGAACAUUGCCUUCAAACUUGGCUGGCAUGUUCUCAAAAACCGAGACUAUGAUACCAAAGAUACUAGCAGAGCUGAACGAGACGAUUCUGAGCGCAACUUCUUUUCGGGCCGGGUGUGGUCGUCCGCACUUCCCAAGAGCCAACUCGGAGUCAAUAACCUUCGACCACGCCUGAGUCGCGUUCUACUCGGCCAAAUUCUCACGGAACUUCCCAACUUGGUCCGAGACGUCGAGAACGAGCUGCAGUCAUGCAAAGACCGUCUGCAGGCUCUUGGAGGUCCGCGUAGCACCAUCCUGGAACAACGCACCUAUCUGCUCUCUGCCAGUCAGACUUUUGUGGACCUCAUGAAAGAUGCUGUUGGCGGCAAUUACUCAGAUGCUUUCUUCGGUAAUUCUGACUCCGAUGCAGGCUACGAUAAGCGUCUCCGCGCAGUUGCUCAAUGUAUGCUCUCUGAUUUUGCGGACCAGAUGAGACGCAGAGGUCACGCUCAGAAGAUUGUCGAAGAAUCAGUGGAGCCAAUACCCAUAUCCAGCAAUCCUAAGGUUAUCUCCAAAGACGAGUUCUUGGAUACCGUCCUUCUCAGAAUGCGCCGUAGCCGAGGAUGCGAGUUACCUGGUCUUUUCAACCCUGCCAUUGUUGGUGACCUUUUCUUUGAGCAGUCGAAACCAUGGCACCACAUACUCAACGAUACCGAAGAGAAGCUUGUUUCUGCCGCAAAGACAGCAACAGCAACUGUGAUCGAACACGCUUGUGACUCUACGACGGCGGAUGCAGUCAUGCGACAUAUCGUUCGGCCUAACAUGGAAACGAUAUUGCUCAAGUUGCAUGAGAAGGUUGAAGAAGUCCUUAGACCGCACACACGAGGUCAUCCGAUCACUUUCAACCAUUACUUCAUCGACAAUCUUCAGAAGAUGCGGCACCAAGAAUCCCGACGUGUCAUGGCCGGGAAGAUCAAACAAUUCUUUAGCGCAAAUCCUGAUGCUGAAGAUGAAGUUGAUCGGCGCGUUGUCAAUGCAUCAUUCGAUUCCUUGGAUCUUUUGGACACUCUGCUCACAGAAACUGAAGCGGACAUGGAGUUGUUUGCGUGCAAAGAAGCAACCAAUGCUAUGCAGGCUUAUUACAAGGUUGCUAUGAAAUCCGUCAUCGACUCCUUCGGCGUCUACGCUAUUGAAGAGUGUCUUCUCAAAGAGCUUCCGAAUCUCUUCAAACCUCAGAGCAUCAUGGCACUCGAAGACGGUCUAGUCACCAGAAUCGCUGGCGAAUCGGAAGAGUCUCUGAUCGAGCGCGAGGAUCUCACGAAGAAGCUCAAAGUUCUAGAGAAGACAAUGACCACCCUACGUCGCAUGAAGGGCUUUAAGGGCUCUGGUGCAAAAGUCAAAAACGGAAGCCAUCAAGAUUCUAAAGCCAACGAAUCUGGAGCCGACGAUUCUGCGGACGAUUCUGCGGACGAUUCUGCGGACGAUCCUGGGGACGAUUCUGGAACCGACGAGUCUGAUUCAGAGAUGUUGCUGCGAUUGUCCCAGCCGAGGUGCAGGACUCGGAGGUCGAUGGAUGCGUAAGGCCUGAAUGAGAUAGUUAUCAUUGUCCUUUCAUGCCGAAGCGCCGACGCAAGAGGUUUAAAAAGCAUUUGCAGGUGUGAAGAGGAUUUGAAUAGGUGUGGAUGGUGCCCACGAGCGGUUGUAUGGAGAGCGUAGUUGGCUAUGGGCAGAUCGCUUCGCUGGCGCUGAUGUGCUCGUCAGCCUUGGAAAAUGUGGAUUGGGUACUGGGAGACUGGCCAUCCGAUUGCAAUGCAGGCGAAGCUGGUAUGUCUACGACUGUUCUCCAAGACGAGGAUGUCGAUGUCACCUCGAACCCCCGCGAGGGCAGACUUAGCCG